AUGGUGUCGGUAGAAAGUCUUUUGUCAGAGGUGACUACAUUAUUUGGCCAUCAAUUGACGUUGAAAAAAGCGGAUGAGUUGUUUUUUGGUGAUAAAAUGCUCUACCACUAUCACUCAAACGAUGGAUCAAAAAAGGGGAUAUCUGGUAGCAGUGAACCAGAGCGUUACAAGAGUAAAAGCAUGGAUCAGAAAGACAAAAAUCAAAGUGACAUUGUGAAUCAAACAUCUAUUGGGAUGGAUGGUCUACAUGACGCUAUCGCUAAUGCAAGAAAGACGUUGAAGCAAGCCCUGGGAGAUACUAAUGAAGAUGCAGCAGGUGACGCUCUAACAAAAUUAACUGGUGAAGUUGCCACAUUAAAGAAAGUAAGUGAUGAAAUGCGAAACGAAAUUGAAAAACUACGUGAGGACUUCCAAAAGAUAUUAAAUUACAUCCACCAGUUAAGAUCUUGCAUGUCUUCUGCACUGGAAAGAGUUGGAAGUAGGACACUUAUUCUGGGCGAUGGCAAUCUUUCGUUCAGUCUUGCAUUUGCUCGUUUACAUCCUGAGACCGAAAUAUAUGCAAGUGUUUUUGAGAGCUACUCUGAAUAUAUUACGAAAUAUCCUUCUGGCGAAAAGAAUAUCAUGGAACUUCAAACUAAUCAUCCUAAUGUCCACAUCUUAUUUUCGACCGAUGCCUGUUCACUUCCAGAAGAUUAUAGAGGGUUUUACAAUGAUAUUAUAUGGAAUUUUCCUCAUCACUGUGGAAAGACAAAUCUUCGUAGAAGUCGUCAGCUCAUGCGGAAGGCAUUUGCAAAUAUUGGGCGAUUAUUAUUAUCGGGUCGUUUCCAUAUUACUCUUGCUAAGGGACAGAGUGGAUUAGAUCAUUUAUCUAUACUGUUUAAGCGAUGCUUCAAAUAUCAACGAUUGCCAGAACACAGAUCAGACAGCUGGAACAUUAUUUACAUAGCUGCCGAAGAAUACUUCAUUCUGCAAGAAGCUUCCAUUUUUCAACCAAAAUUGUUUCCUUCAUAUAUUAGUUCAGGAUACCAUAAUUCAGAACGAUCCUUUAACAACAAAAUUGGCUCGGAAACUCUCACUUUCAUUAAAAGUCCUGUCGUUAUUAAAAUCAAGGAACUCAUUGAAUAUGAAAAUGAGAUUUUUAAAAUCAAAGGAAUUGCUCAUGAGUGGAGACCAUUUUUCCAGAGAGAUCUAUCAAUUAUUUAUUUGAAUCCAGAAAAGGUGGCAGAGUUGGAGAGAAUUUUAUUUGUCUUAAUUGAAGAAAUUUGUGGGAAUGCUUUGGUGGACUUCUAUGAAGUCGUGGAUAAGAGAACAGACUAUUUGGGGCAGCCCAACUACAUUUACCGUUUUGUAUGGCAGAGCUGGAGGAUUCCAUUAUCUAGAAAGCUUUGUAACUCUAUUCAUGAAGAGAUUAAAUUGAUGCUUAACAAUCGUUUCAUUGAACAACAUCUAGAAAUGAUUAGUGAUGGCCUUCCUCUACCUACUGUGGCAGAACAUUCACCAUCGAAAAUUGAGAAACCAUUAGAAGCCUCAGAGGAGGAUGAUUUUGAUUUAUUUGGAUCAUCGGAUGAAGAGGAAAAUGCGAAAAAAGAAAGUAUCAAGCAGGAGAGACUGGAGGCUUAUGCUAAAAAAAAAGCAAAGGAACCAGAACACAUUGCCAAGUCUUCUAUUAUUUUGGAUGUGAAACCUUGGGAUGACACGACAGAUAUGCAAGAAAUGGAGAAACUUGUAAGGAAGAUUGAAAAAGAUGGCCUCGUCUGGGGUGGUGCAAAAUUGAUCCCGCUUGCCUUCGGUAUUAAUGUACUGCAAAUUAUAUGCGUUGUGGAAGAUGCGAAAGUUUCUGUGGAUGAUCUUAUGGAUCAGAUAACCGAGGAAGUGUCAGACUAUGUGCAAAGUGUCGACAUUGUCGCUUUUAACAAAAUUUAA